UCGAUGACUGCUUAUGUGACAGGUGGAAAAUAUUCUAUCUUCGAUUGGAAAGGCACCCCCUUUUAGAGUCCAAAAGCAACCACCAUGAGUGUCUGGAGCGAGGGCAUCAGUCUCCCUGGCAACAUGGACACCACUCCAACGUAUGAAAAACGUAAACAAAAGCCCAAAAAGAACUCCAAAAAGAAGCAGUCCCAGAGUGCCAAAGAGAGCAAGCCGGAACCCAUGGACGCGAAAGCCACUGCCAGUUACUUUAGCUUGAGUAUCACGGGACAGAUAGUGUCCGCCACAUUUCCCCUGGGUCCCGACAAGGAGUUUGUCUUCCUGCGCUACGAACUGAUUGCUGGUCCCGACUGGCAACUGGCCUCCGGACCCCAACAUGGACUCACCCAACUGGCCACCAACAAGAGUGGACACUUCAACGAACCCAUUGUCUUCAACAUGCCCAUCGAGGUGACCUACAGGAGCACUAGUCCCUAUGGCUGGCCCCAAAUCCUUGUCAGCGUAUUCGGUCGCAGUGGCCUGGGACGCGAAAGUCUGCUGGGUUAUGCCCACAUCCACCUGCCAGUGUUUGGUAGCCGUCGUCCUGCCGAGCAAAUGGAGCAGCUACAGGCUCCCAUUCUUAUGCCCAAGUGCCCUAAUAUGAUUGCAGAUGUCACCAGCUGGUUGCUACGGCGAGAGCCGGAGCUCAAGGAUCCAAAAGUGCUGCUGGAUAACCUAAAGUGUAAGGGCCUGGCCAUGGAAUCCUAUGGCAGCCUGGACUUUCAGCUGUCCUCCGUGAUGAGGGGAGCUCGCAAGCUGGGCUACCAUUGGCAUGCCUGAGGUGGUGUGUGUUUGUGUCAAUAAAACGUGAAUU